CAGGCGGGAUCGGAUCGGAGGCGCCAGCAGAGCAGAGACAACAACGCCGCGUGCGGCGAAGUCUACGAGGAAACUGAGGAAGAGAAGCUAGGGAGCGAGGCGCGCAGCAGCCAGCAGUAGGCGACGAGACUGCAGCCAGUAGCAGAGAAUCACACUAGCCGAUCGAUUCGAGUGCACCCACGUCGGAAGGAACAAGUGGGGGCGGAGCCGCGAUGUCGGGGCGGCGGCCGGCGACGUGGGACCAGGCAGCGGACGACUACGACUACCUGUUCAAGGUGGUGCUGGUGGGCGACUCCGGCGUGGGCAAGUCCAACCUGCUAUCCCGCUUCACCCGCAACGCCUUCUCCCUCGACUCCAAGUCCACCAUCGGCGUCGAGUUCGCCACCCGCACCAUCCAGGUGGACGGCAAGACGAUCAAGGCGCAGAUCUGGGACACGGCGGGGCAGGAGCGGUACCGCGCAAUCACCAGCGCCUACUACCGCGGCGCGGCGGGCGCGCUGCUGGUGUACGACGUGACCAGGGCGGACACGUUCGAGAGCGCGGCGCGCUGGCUCCGCGAGCUCCGGGACCACGCGGACGGCCGCGGCGCCGCCGUCAUGCUCGUCGGCAACAAGACCGACCUGGCGCGCUCCGGCUCGCGCUCGCGCCACCACCAUCCCCGCGCCGUGCCGCGCGGGGACGCCGCCGCGCUCGCGGAGCGGGAGGGCCUCUCGUUCGUCGAGACCUCCGCGCUCGACGCCACCAACGUCGACGCCGCGUUCGAGACGCUGCUCACGGAGAUCUACCGCGCCGUCAGCAGGAAGGCGCUGGCCGCCUCCUCCGCGGGUGACGAUGCGGGCGCCGUCGGGGAGGGGCAGGCGAUUCAGGUGUCCGCCAGCGACUCCGCCGGCCUCACGACGCGGUGCUGCGCGUUCUAGCCAUGCCGGCUUGUGUAGAUUGGCAGUGAUCGUCAGCAACAUCGGCUAUUCUUCGUACGUAUAGAUGGAAAAGGGGGGAAAAUCAAAAUGUGAUGUUCAAGGGAAAGAGCAAAAGGAUUGGGCUGCUUCUUCUUCAUUGUCGUUACUUGUCUGAACCACUGUCAACGGCUGGAUUAUUCAUUGUUCAACUGUCCUAAUUCCAACAGCGAGUACAUUUCAUAAGAGGUUCCUAAAUUUACAAAUUUAAAUAAUAGUAGGAUUAUAUAUAGGAAAUUGUAACUAGACUAAG